UCGGUCCGUUUGGUCGUGAAGUUGUUUUCCUCGUGCGCGUUAUUUUUUUGAAUUUCUGGCUGUCCCCGUGUGUGUUGCCAAAGCAAAAAAAAAGAAGAAAGAAGCAAAAGUUCGUUGCGCGUUUGGUUCUGGUGGUUCGUGAAAAUUGUUUCGAAAAGUGUGAUAACUGUGGGAAAGUGUCGCCGUGUAAAUUGUUUGUCAGAUUUGCCGUAAACAAAAAGGAUUACCUGCAGCAGAAAAGCCGGAUAGCUUGCUUGAAAGAGAAUUUUCAACCCGAAAAGGUCGCAGCAUAAAUCGAGAUCUUCCAUCAGCUAAAAAAAAGGGACACGCCAUGUCACUGCAGGUCCAGUCAAGCCAACCGGCAGCCGCUCCGUCCGGUCGCCGUACACCACAGGUGUACCAAAAUCUGGUGGCCACCCCACCGGCGGCGCCGGCCAGCGCCACCCCAACUCCGCCCACCAACGGCAACAGCACCAGCAACAAAUCUUCAUCAGGGAACAAACUCUCGCUGAAGGGUUCCUCCAGUGGCAAGUCCAGCCCGGCGGCUUCUUCGGGCAAAGCCAGCCCGGCACCAACUCAACCAACCGUGACGGUCACACCGGCUACGCCGCAGUCCGCACCCGUCGUGGCCAUCGUCGAUCUGGUUAGCGACGAGAAGGUGGCGUCGCCACCGAAGGCCACUGCUGAAAAGAAGGAAGUCACCAAUGGCAAGGACACGAACGGCAAGCACGAGGAGGCGGUGAAGGAAUCUCCGCGCAAGGAGACCAAGGCCAGCCCGAAGGCUAGCCCAAGAGCGACUCCCCAGAAGAGCAUUCCGGUGGAGCAGGUCAAGACGCCGGAGACGGUUUCGCCGAAGAAGCCUGCUGCUUCUGCUGCAAAGGAGGUUAAGGAAGCCGCGCCGGAACCCGCAAAAAAGAAGGUGGACAACUCGUUGGUCGGAGAGAAGACCCUUAAAGGGUUCACCGCCGAAGGAGACGAGAUGGAGUCGCUGGUUGUGGAACCGUCCGAGUACGAGGAUUCGCCAAUGCCACCCCGCACCGGUGGAAAGUCCAAGCUGCUGAAGGGAGGCCCCCCAACCCGGGCUCGAAUCAGUCCCUUCCGGGUGGCACAGGAAGCAGUGGCCGUGGCCAACGCUAGCACCGUGGUCAACCUGAGCACCGUCAGCGAGGGACAGCACGCUGAGUCAAACGAAUCCUCCCCGGCGGUUGACUUCAACCGGCCGCUGCGCGCCAUCUCCGGCCGUCGCUCGACGCGUCCCCUGACCGAUAUUCAGUUCUCGUACCGCAAGCCGACAGCCGAUCUGAACGACUCUUCGUCCAGCUUGAACGUCACCGUCGGUUCGGAGAUCCACAACGACAGCCUGCGCACCCCCGCCGGCUCGUCCCGCAAGCGCAAGGCCAUGACCCCGGAAUCGACCUCCGACGCGCUGGACGUUAAGGAACACACCGACAGCCCCAAACGCACCCGGCUCGACUUUAGCGGCUUCCUCGGAAUCGUCGCCAGCCCGGUCACCAUGCUGAAGAACCGCUUCUCCCGGGUCCGACUCCACGCCAGCACGCCCGUCGCCAAACGCAGCUUCGAAACCGAGGAGGACCUCGUCGGCAAGGUCGUCACGGCUGAAGCCACCACGACCACGGCCAACAUCUCCGGUGGAGCCGCCGCUGACAACAAAAUGGAAGUCGAACCGGCAGCGGAAACCGCCGACAAGACCGAGCAGAAACCGGAGGAAUCCAGCACCACGAUCAAGGAAGGCCAAACCGACGUCCCCGCCAGCGAAGAUGCCUCCACCGCCGAAGAGGCCAAAGAGGACUCGGUCGAGGUCAAAGACGUCACCGACAAGCAGCGGCGUUGUGUCAUCAUGUAAAGUGACCCAUUUUGUAUUGUAAUUUUACUCUCUCUCUUCUUUUAAUUUGCCCCCCACCACACCCUUUAUUUCGAUGCAAGUGUUGCAUUUUUCCGCAACUCCCGAAUGCUGUGAGGGCACACCUUUAAAAAACACUACUUUUUAAUGUUUUGUAAGUCCAGCACACCAUAAAAAAGCGGGGUGGCGUAAAGAAGAACCGAACGCGCGUUCUUCGACCGAUUACAAAUAAAGCUAAAAUGCGUAUUUUUAAAAUAUUCGGCAAAACCGCGUCGCUCUUAAAUCUUUUUUAACAAUCUCCAAAAAUCCACUCUUUAGCAAUUCUCUCCGAAAUCGGUUGAUAAAACUUGGUCCGUUCGCCCUUACAAAAAAAGGUUUAACACCAAGUAAGAAAACCAUCUCCCGGAUUUUCGUGGAGAAUUGCUCUCAUUUAAAUCUACAAUUUUAGUUUGUAACGGUUAAAUUUAUAUGAGAUUUGUUGUUAGUACCUUUUGGGUUAAGAAGCAUCAUCGGAAAACAAUUAAAAAGAAAGGUAAAUAAAUUGCAAUAAGAAGAAAAAAGAUCCUUGCUCAAAAGCGAAAGUAGAUCUUCCCUGAGCAACUACGGUGACCCAUCUUGCAGAUAUAGGCUAGUUGUGGCAAAUGAAAGCAAACGUAUCUUAGUUUUAGUAAGCGAACAACUCCCACACAAACCAUAAACAAUAUUGGAAACAGAUCGAUCUAUGAAAAUUGAAUGCAAACACACAACAUAUAAAGAAUGAAGAGUUUGGUGUAAUUGUAAAAUUAUCACAAUCAUAAUCAUUUUAACAUAAAAUUGAUGUGAGCGAAGUUCGGUGAAAACAUAGACAUUAAAGUAAAGAACAAAAGAAAAACUUUGUAGAAAACCCACAAAAAAAAUGUAAAAUGUCAAAAAACAUAAAAAUAUAUCAAAUAAACUUAGUUUUUAAACUA